GGCCCCGGCCCGGGGCGGGGCGGGAGGGCGCCCCUCAGAUUCUCAAAGGAGUCCAGGAGACCCCCACCAGAAAAGAACCCCACCCCCACCCCCAGAGGUGGGGCCUGUGGCUUCCAAGGCGGUUGCCUAGUCUUUGCAACUGGGCAGCAGCGCCUUUAACCCUUUGGUGCCCGCAGCGGUCGCUGGGGCUGCCCUGGAGGUGCCCAGAUGGCUGGGAGAGAGUGGGGAGGGGCGUGACCGCGGGCGCUGACCACCCUCGGUGCCCCGGCUCGCCCCUCCAACCCCCCUCCGCGCCGCAGCCGGGCCCUGCACCCGCGGGGCCCCGCGCAGCUCGGGGCGGGCCGGGCCCGCGUUGCCUUGGCGACCCGAGACGCUGGAGCGAGCCGGCGACCGGUGGUUUGGGCGACCCCAGCGCCGAGGACGCAGACCCGGAGAGGAGCUUCGGCCGCGCAGCAGUAGGUGGUGGCAUGCCGGUGACCAAGUGCCCGCAGAAGUCGCUGCCCCCGUGGAAGGAGUGGGACCGCAAGGCGCAGAGGAAUGGCAUCCGGCACCAGGUGUACGCCGUCAACGGCGACCGCUACCUGGGAGAGUGGAAGGACAACCUGAAACACGGGAAAGGAACACAAAUCUGGAAGAAAGGUGCCAUCUAUGAGGGGGACUGGAAGUUUGGAAAGCGAGAUGGCUAUGGGACCCUCAGCCUUCCUGAGAAAGAGACUGGAAGGUACAGGAGAGUAUACUCGGGCUGGUGGAAAGGUGACAAGAAAUCGGGCUAUGGCAUCCAGUUCUUUGGACCCAAGGAAUAUUACGAGGGUGAGUGGUGUAGCAACCGACGCACUGGGUGGGGCCGCAUGUACUACAGCAACGGAGACAUCUACGAAGGCCAGUGGUACGACGACAAGCCCGAAGGGGAGGGCAUGUUGCGGCUGAAGAAUGGAAACCGCUACGAGGGCCAGUGGGAGAAAGGCAUGAAGAACGGGAAGGGCCGUUUCUUCCACCUGGACCGCGGGCAGCUGUUCGAAGGCUUUUGGGUGGACGACGUGGCCAAGUGUGGCACCAUGAUCGACUUUGGCCGCGACGAAGCCCCCCAGCCCACACAGUUCCCCAUUCCUGAGAUCAAACUUGUGGACCCCGACGGCGUGCUGGAGGAAGCCCUAGCCCAGUUCAUGAAAGCACAGGAAGGAGAGAGCGAGUCGGGCGAGUAGCCCAGCAGGACUUCGGGACACAGGCUCUGCACCGACGCAGCCCAGGAGCUCGCCUCGGGCCAGGUGAGGCGAGUCAUUGCCACCCUUGGUGUGCCCACGGGCUUGGGGCAUGGAAGGGGGAGGCCAGUCCCCGUGGAAACUCCCCUCCAAAGCUCAAAGACCGGUUCACGCGAGUCCUGCUCGGACAUCCCAGGGGUGGCUUGCCCUGGCCCCACCCCUGGCGCCGUCUGGUGGAGCCUGGUGUGCCAGCCCCUCCUGGCAUGGGCAACGCGGGCCCGAGAGCAGCGGCAUUGAGCUCCGGCUCCCAGCAACCCCUUGCCUUGGCAGUGAACCUGGAGCUUCAGGAGAAAACCAGCUGGUGUCACCAACAACUCAGGCUGGCAUGGUCCCCGCUGCAGGAGCCCGCGGGUUCUGGGCCCAGCUGGGGCACCCUCCGAGGGCGCCCUGCCCACCUAGCACUGGACCAGUCUUUGCCAGUGGGGUGCUCACACUUGCCCCCAGGCUGGCGGAGGUGACGCCUGUUCCUUGGCAGACCCCUGGUUGGAACUAUUCCUGAGUGUGUGACAAUAAAGGAGAACCUGGUGACGGUAAUGCAGGGGCCGGGAGUGCCACGGAGGGGCGAGGGAGCUCGGGUGGCACACUGCACCCCACAGGCCUCCACCCGCGCGGCGGACAUACCUGCGAGGGCCAGAGGGACGCUGCCAAGAAUGCAGGGAGGCCCGGGGGUCAGGAGGGAGCGUCAGCUUGGAAACAGGAGGCCCUCACGGUGGUUCUGAGGGGAGCGCACUGAGUGAGAGGGUCAGGGCACGGACACUCCCUUCUGGGGGCCAGGGAGGGGAUCCAGGGCUGGCCACAGGCCCGAGGGUGCCCCCCCCACCUGCCUUGAGGCAGAAAGGGCGCUCCAAGGAAGGACUUGGAGGUUUCGGUAUUUGCAAAUCUACACAAAAAUUCUGAUCUCUGAUGUCAGGGAUGGCACCAGAGUCGCCCCCUGCCAGGCCUUUGGUCUGCCCCUGAGCCACGCCCCCAGCCCCAUGCAAUCCUAGUGCUGGUUCCCUCCUCUUUCCCAUGCGGGUUUGCCUCAGGGCUGGGAUGGGCCUGGCUAAGACCUGCGUGAGGCCCGCCCCACUGGGAACCGGUCAACAGUGUGUUUUUAAGCAGAAAGACACAUAAAACAAAGUCACACCAGGGACCGGAGCGACAGUACACAGGGGGAGGGCGUUUGCCUGGCAUGCCGCUGACUUGGGUUCGAUCCCCAACAUCCCACAUGGUCCCCUGAGCACCACCAGGAAUGACUCCUGAGAAGAAUCAGGAGUAACCUGAGUGUCACCAGGUGUGGCCCAAAAACUGACACUGAAAACAGUGCCCAGCAGGCCACAGAACGCCAGCAAGGAGGGGCGCGGGGAGUGCGGAACAGCACU